AUGGACUACGUUCAGAACCUCGACCCGUCCAAGCUUCUGCUUGGGCUCACAGCACUUUCAUUCGUUACUUCUCCAUUCCAAGCCCCGCCAUAUAACCUUCCUAUCAUGCUCUUUGGGUCGUUGGCCCAGCAGCAAGAUGCCAAUAUGAACUCGGACAAUCAAGCUUCUCAGACCUUUGCUGGACUGUUGGGGGGCUCUAUCGUCUUCGACAUCAUCUGGAUGACGAGCAACUCGCAGAAUGUGUUUAUUCGACUAUUGACCGUAUUGCAACUUUUGCUCAAGGUGCCCACUUUCUUUGCUUUUGGACUUGCUCUUCGUCAACGAGGUGGACAAUUCUCUGGCUUGAAUAUUCGUGGAGGAGAUCUGGGUGGAGCAACUGUUUGGGACAGCAUGCCUGGUAGUUUUGGCGCAGUGGGCAACGGUUAUCAGAACCUGGACGAGGAAAGACCACCACGAGCUGCGCCGUCAAUGCCCACUGCGCAUCCAGCACCACCACCGUCACAGCCUCCAGCAGCUACCACGGCUCCGUAUCAGACUGUGUGA